UACAUCUUUUCUGCAUAAUGUGACCCGGGCAGCCUCCCGAUCCCAAACCUGCCUCAACUGCCCAUCAGCACCCCUUCCUUUCAAGUCCCCUUCCCAUCCAUGUCCCUCGGCCGAUCUUCACGUCUCCUGCGGCAAUGUCGCAUGCAUUGCCGACCGGAACCAAUCCCCCGUCUGGGCAUCUACCCUCCAUCGACCAAUCCCAUCCGCCAUCCCGGAUCCGCGUGCUGGGAAGUCCAAUAUUUCCAUACCACCUCCACCAAGAAUGCAGCACGAUCCCCCAUCGCUCGACAGACUCUCUCCCAGAGGCGACGGCCUAUCUUCACAAGGGAAUUUAUAUUUAGUGGCAUUGUCGGUGGUCAUCUCUCAGAAGCCCUUCAAAGGCUGGAAACGACCGUGGAUCGCCACUACAAGGAUUGGAAGGAGACUUACGGCUUCGAGGGGAGCUAUGAGAGCGGGAAGCUAAGCCUCGAAGUGUAUAAAAGAGUCGCAAAGAUCCUGUUACAGACUGCCUAUUCUGAGCCUCCAUCGGCACAUGCAAUUCGCAGCAUUUCGACAGAUGUCGAGAAAGUCUGGAAUAUCUCCACCUGUCUGUUCGACCCGGCUAACGAAGCCCUUUAUCAUUGGCUCACCAGCGCCUGCGCUCUCGCGGGCGCCACAACACCCACCCUUCUUGUCGCAGGCAUGUACGUGCGGCAACAGCCCGCUGAUCAGUACCCCCUGCGAACUCAAUUUCUUGACCAAGUCGAGACAAUGGCACUGCACGAUCACGAGCCUCGCGCUAUGCUCCUUCACUCGGAUGUUCUAUUUAGACGAGGGGAAUACAAGGACGCGAUGGCGUUGAUGGACCGUGUUAUGACAACUAUCUACCCGUCAAUACGGGUAGAAGGUGUCGAGACGCCUGUUUUCUUUCACAGUCUACCUAAUUUAUGGCAGGUAUAUACGAAGUUUCAGGACAAGGCGAGGGAGCAGGGUAUUGAUUGGGGCCUUAGCAAGGAAGAGUUGUGUCGUCUGCUCGGAGUGGAUUAUCAAGUGCCCGCGGCCCUUGCUGUUUAUGCGACAAUGAUGCUUCGGAAGGGUGAUCUGGAGGCGUACGAACGGUAUAUGAAUCAGGCCGCAACCGGUGGUCUGUCUGCAGCUUUUCACGCAUUGGGCAGCUUCUAUUAUCUCACUGCCAGAGGACGGUUUCCUCGUCGGGGAGACAAGCAGAUUGUUCGGCCGACGGAAGGACCCAUAGAUGCAGGACCGCUCCAGGAGGGCAGACUUGCGUCCAUCUACUCCAGCGUUGUCCUGGGUCUGCCCUCCUAUACGUAUUAUAAUGCUUUAGCUUUGGAGUGGUUCGAGUUGGGCAAGAGAUCACAGGAUGACCGCUCUGCGUUGGUUCUAGCCUUCCUGUACCGACAAGCCGGUCAGUUGAAGCUAGCGCAGACUUACUACGAGUCGUUGACGCGUUCACCUCGCCAGGCGGUCGACAAAGCAACCGCCGAUGCACUCGCCCGGCACUGGACUGACCCUAAUUAUGAGUUCGGACUCCCAGAGUGUUUACUCCAAGCUGACUUUGAUCUUAACCGCGUCGAUUGGGGAGGUUCCGGUGAGAAAGAACUUCUCAUUAGAUGAACAGGAAACGAGACCUUUGUCGCGCGACAUGUAUUAUAUUGUCCGCGUGUUUUCGUUGCUUUGCUUCCAUCUACUUCGAUGCCCAACA